GUAGACGUUAACUUGCGCCGGAAGUGAGGCUUCUGAGUUGCCGGUCCUGUCAGUUGCAAUUUACCGGGCUGUUUGCGGUUGUGAGGGAAGCACAUCCGUUGCCGAUCUGUUCUUCCUCAGCAGGACAUGUCCAGCUGCUCCCCUGAGGAGCAUAAUGAAGAGGACACUGAGCAGACAUGUCACAUUAACCCUACGGAUUUCUCAGAUGAAAUCCUGCUGCACAUACUCAGCUUUGUCCCAAGCACUGACCGUAUACUCAAUGUCAAGAGGACGUGCCGCAAGCUGGCCAGUCUGUGUCUGGACAAGAGCCUCACGCAACAGGUGACAUUGCACAAGCAGUAUCAGGCAAGUGAUGCUCAUGUGAAACAGAUUCUCAGGGAAGUCGGGAGAGAGAUCUGCGAGCUGGACAUGAGUGGUUGUUAUUGGAUGUCUUCUCCUACUGUAGACAUGGUAUCUCGGUGCAAGAAGCUGGUGAGACUGGACUUGUCUGGCUGCUCCCUUACAUCCCUGCGUCUCUCCAAGAUGCUCUCAAAUCUGCAGCACCUGCGCUCUCUAGCUGUUGAUGUUCAAGUGGGCUUUGAUGCCGCACAGUUAAGUAGCGAGUGCAAAGCUGUACUUAGCCGAGUACAGGAACUAAAACAGACCCUUUUUACACCAUCCUAUGGGGUGGUUCCCUGUUGCACCAGUCUUGAAAAGCUGCUUCUCUACUUUGAGGUUUUGAAUAGGACGACGAGAGAGGGGACAGUGCUGUCCGGGCAGCUAAUGGUAGGAGAAAGUAAUGUACCUCAUUACCAGAAUCUGCGGCUUUUCUACGCUCGGCUAGCACCUGACACCAUAAACCAGGAGGUGCUUAGAUUGUACCUGGCUGUCCUCAGUGACCGAACCCCAGAGAAUCUUCGAGCUUUCCUUAUUUCUGUCCCUGGGGCACUGGCAGAGAGUGGAGCAACUAAAAACCUUUUGGACUCUAUGGCCAGGAACGUAUCUCUAGAGGCCUUCCAGCUGCCCAAAUCCUGGCUGAACAGCUCUUCCCUGCUCCAGCACAUGAAAUUCAGCCACCCUUCUUACAUCAGCUUUAGCCGCUGUAAUAUCUCAGGAGGGCAGCUAACUCAGAGGAUUAUAAAUGGCGGGAGGGACUGUAGGAGCCUGGUUAGCCUGAAUCUCAGUGGCUGUCCGCAUUGCCUGAGCCCAGACUUGUUGUUCCGGAAGCCUGAGGAUGAUAUUGACAGUAGCAUUCUAGAAACUAUAAUAACUGCUUGCCCCAAUCUAGCACAUUUGAACCUUUCAUCGGCACAUCACCACAGCUCUGAGAGCUCAGGGAAGCACGUCUGUGAGAUACUAGCACAACUCCACUACUUGCGAUCUCUAGCGGUGCCAGUGUGUGCCAUAGCAAGUACCACAAUAAUCACAGAUAAGACUGUGCCAGGACAGUCGGCUACUAGCAUUACAAAUCUUGGUUUUGGUAAGAAGGUUAGAGUUGGGCUCCAGAUCUAUCCCAAGUCUCCACUUGAUUCAGAUGUUCCUAAGUGCUCCUCCGUGUUUUGGAACUUUCUGAAAGAAUUUCAGUUUCUAGAGCACUUGGAAUUAAUUGGCUCUAACUUCCUGUCAGGAAUGCCUAGAAAUGAACCAGCAAUAUGCAACCCUCACCCGUGCUGCAAGCGCUCGCAGAAUGUGGGAGACUCUGAGGUUCUAGCUAUCGGCCAACUGUGCUCUCUGAAAAGCCUAACGCUAGCUCAGCUACCUGCCAUCCACAAAGGGUCUGGGCUUGUCAGCAUCGGUGUGAAAUGCCAGCAGCUCCGUUCGCUCUCCCUGGCAAACCUGGGUACGACGGGAGCAGUGCAGUACACUACAUCCCUGUAUGAGAUGCUCAGACAUUGCAGACAGUUGAGAGACCUCAGGUUAGAGCAGCCAUAUUUCUCAGCCAAUGGUCAGUUCUUCCAGGCUCUGAGUCACUGUUCUUCUAUUCAGCGUCUGUGCAUUGUGUCUCGCAACGGAACCUUCCAGGCUGAUGCAGUUGUGUCGUUUGUCAGCACCUGCCCUGAGCUCAUCAUGUGCCAUUUGUUUACAGGAGAGACUCUAGCAGCGUGUAAAAAUCUGCAGCAACGAAUCACACGAAGGUAA